AUGUGGUCAAAAAUAUUUAGUCACUACCAGUCGGAUAUGAAUAAAACCCUAAAAUUUGUGGCCACACUGAAAGAGCCCUUGAGGGCCCUCCACGGGGCGGUGACCGCCAGAAAUAAUUUCGGUCUAUAUGUCCGCAACUUCUGUUCGCUACCCAACAACACGGCGGUAGCCAAGGGCUGGAACGCCCGACUCGUGUCCGCAAAACUGCUGAACGACGCGACUGUCGGACAGCUGUUGCAGAUCCGGCUUAAGGAAGGCCAGCGAGACUCGCAAACCGAUAUCUAUUGUGAAGUGACCAGGUACACCGUGUUUGAGAUAUUCGUGGUGGUCCGGGUGAAGGGCCAGUCGUUUAUGUUGCAUCAGAUCCGCAAAAUGAUUGGUUUGGCGAUCGCUGUGGUCCGGGGUAUCGCCGGCGGCGAGACGAUCGUCAGGGCGUUCGGGACGACCCGUAUAGACAUACCGAAGGCGCCGGGUUUGGGGCUACUGCUCGAGGAGGUCCACUACGACAAGUAUAAUGACAAGUAUGGCGGCGAUGGCGUACACGAGCCCAUCGUGUGGGAGGCGAAGAAGGCGGCAAUCGAUGAGUUCAAACACAAACACAUAUAUCCGGUGAUCGCCGAUACGGAGCGCCAGGAGAUGCCGAUGUUUGAGUGGUUACAGACACUGGUGUUCCACACGUAUGAUGAGAGGGAACAGAAGGCUAAUGAAAGGCUGUCGGAAGGGGUGGAUGUGUCCGAGAGGGGGGCCCUAUGGAGGGCUCACAGCAAUGUGUUGCGUGUGAAUCAGGGGAAUGACGGCAGUUGUGAUGAGAAAGCCGGCGGUGAGGAGACUAACGGUGCCGCUAAAGGGGAUGACAUACCUGUCGUUUUGGUGGUCGGGGCCGGUGGGGGAUUACCUGGGGCCGGUUGGGGAUUACCCGGAGCCGGUGGGGGAUUACCCGGGGCCGGUGGGGGCUUGCUCGAAGGCGGUUGGGUACACAAUGGCACAGAAUGGAUUUCAGACGUUCAAUUGGGGGGCAAAAGGAAAGGGGGUAAGGGAAAGGGUGUGCCACACAAGAAGCCAGAACAUAGGCAAGUGGGACACGAUAGCAAAGAAUCGGAGACAGUGGCCACUGAGGCCGACCACGCGUUUGAUAGGCUAGAGUUCUUCGGCACCGGAACCCCAUUACCCGAGACGGCGAAUGACAUCAAAGUGUUUUGCGAUUUUUUGUCGAGCACUGGCGGACUAAGUCACUACCAGUCGGAUAUGAAUAAAACCCUAAAAUUUGUGGCCAAACUGAAAGAGCCUCUGAGGGCCCUUCACGGGGCGGUGACCGCCAGAAAUAAUUUCGGUCUUUAUGUACGAAACUUCUGUUCGCUACCCAACAACACGGCGGUAGCCAAGGGCUGGAACGCCCGACUCGUGUCCGCCAAACUGCUGAACGACGCGACUGUCGGACAGCUGUUGCAGAUCCGGCUUAAGGAAGGCCAACGAGACUCGCAAACCGGUAUCUAUUGCGUAUUGCGCUCAUUCGCCGAGCAGAUGGAGCUGACCCACGCCGAUCCGCCCGAGUUGAGGGCAUUCAUGAAGGGAAUGGUAGCCGUAAUCGUCGACUUGGCCGACACGGUCGAGAAGUCGAAAGUCGGGUGGCGUUCAGACUAUAAGUGCGAACUGGAGACCGACCAAAAGGUUAAUAAGGCUAAUGAUAGGCUGUCGGAAGGGGUGGAUGUGUCCGAGAGGGGGCCCCUAUGGAGGGCUCACAGCAAUGUGUUGCACGAGAAUCAGGGGAAUGACGGCAGUUGUGAUGAGAAAGCCGGCGGUGAGGAGACUAAAGGGGAUGACAUACCUGUUGUUUUGGUGGUCGGGACGGGUGAGGGAUUCAAUGGUACAGCACCAGUGACUUCAGACUUCAUAUUUGGAGCCAAGAAACCCGGGAAAGGAAAUAGACCGGCAUCAGCACCGGGGAGAGUGGGACACAAUAGGCUAGCUUUUCAGAUAGUGGCCACUGAGGCCGACCACGCGUUUGAUAGGCUAGAGUUCUUCGGCACCGGAACCCCAUUACCCGAGACGGCGAAUGACAUCAAAGAGUUUUGCGGAUUUUUGUCCGGCGAUUGGGGCCAAUACCACUACCAGUCGGAUAUGAAUAAAACUCUAAAAUUUGUGGUCAAACUGAAAGAGCCCCUGAAGGCCAUGCACGGGGCUGUGGUCGCCAGAAAUAAUCUAGGUCCUUACGUACGCAACUUCUGUUCGAUACCCAACAACAUGGCUGUGGCCAAGGGGUGGAACGCCCGACUCGUGUCCGCCAAACUGCUAAACGACGCGACUAUCGAACAGCUAUUGCAGACCCGUAAGGAAGUCCGGCGCGACUCGCAAACCGGUAUCUAUUGCAUACUGCGCUCAUUCGGCGAGCAGAUGGAGCUGAUCCACGCCGACCCGCCCGAGUUGAGGCAAUUCGUGAGGGGAAUGGUAGCCGUAAUCGUCGACUUGGCCGACACGGUCGAGAAGUCACAAGUCGGGUGGCGUUCAGACAAUAAGUGCGAACUGGCAGACGGCAAGUUUGAGCAGAGUCAAUUGCGAUCCAUACUGUACAGCGCCUUACUGGCCAUGAGCAAAUAUUUCUAA